AUGGAGCAGCAGCAGCAGCACAAGUUCAGCUGGUCGUCUGCCCUGUUAUUGCUCUUAGCAUCUAUGAUCAAGAGUACUUUCUGCUUCCAAGAUGGUUUCUUGAGCUUAACAUGUGGAAACACAAACUACGUGGACUCGUCGAACAUUUCAUGGACGCCUGACGGUUAUUACACGAGCAAUGGCAACACAGCGAGUGUGACUUUUCCUGACGGCUCUUCCUCAACAACUCUCCCUAUACGAUACUUCCCGGAUUCUUCACGUAGAAACUGCUACCGGCUGCCAAGUUCAAACUUGACCUGGUCUCCAAUUCUUGUUCGGGCGAAUUUCGUGUACAAAAACUAUGAUGGACUUAACAAGCCUCCUGUGUUCUGGGUCUCUUUAGGGACGGCCACGGCCACCACAAUCAAUCUUGCUCAUGUUGACCCUUGGGUUGAGGAAUUUAUAUGGCCGGCUAAUGAUAAGGAUGUUUUGCCAUUGUGUUUCCACUCGAUUUCUAAUGGUGGAUUUCCGGUUGUCUCGUCGGUUGAAAUCCGUCCUCUUCCGGUCGAUGCUUAUGGUGUGGCUUAUAAUGAUAGGAGGAUUCUCAAGAAGUUGUUUCGGUUAAAUUGCGGGUACACCGACGGGCUACUAAGGUAUCCUUUGGACCCGUAUGACCGAAUAUGGGAAGCCGACAAGGAUUUCUCUCCUUACCACGUGUCUUCAAGUUUCGACACUCAAACGAACUUCACCUCAUCCAACAUCAAAGAGAGCCCUCCCAAUGCCGUUCUUCAGACAGCCCGAGUUUUGGCAAGAAGGAACAACCUCGUAUACUAUAUGUCUCUAAACAAUAACAAUAAUCAACGAGAUUACCAUCUCACCCUCUACUUUGCUGGCAUUCUACCUGUGGCCCCAACAUUCGACGUGCUAAUCAAUGGAGAACUAGUCCAAUCAAGUUUCACUGUCACGAGAUGGACGGCCACUAGCCUAUCCUUCACCUUAAAAGGAAUCAGGACACUAAACAUCACUUUGAGAGCAGUUAACUACUAUCCUUUGGUGAAUGCCAUUGAGGUCUAUGAGAUCAUUGAUAUUCCACUAGAAGCUUUUUCCACUACAGUUUCGGCUCUUGAGGUUAUACAGAAGUCGAUUGGCAUGGACUUUGAAUGGCAGGAUGAUCCUUGUUCGCCUACACCAUGGAAACACAUUGAAUGCCAAGGGAAUUUAGUCACCUCACUGGAACUUUCUGACAUUGAACUGAGGACAAUCAGCCCUACAUUCAGCGAUUUACUUGAUCUUAAAGCCCUAGACCUGCACAACACUUCCCUAGCUGGAGAAAUACAGAACUUGGGUGGCUUGCAACAUCUACAGAAACUGAACUUGAGCUUUAACAACAUAACUUCUUUCGGUUCUGAGUUGGAAGACUUGAUCAGCAUUCAAGUCCUGGACCUGCAAAACAAUAGUUUGCAAGGAACAGUUCCAGAAAGCUUGGGGGAGCUAAAAGACCUUCGACUAUUGAACCUGGAGAACAAUAAGCUACACGGGCCACUGCCACAGUCACUUAACCGAGAAAAUAUUGAUCUCAGGACAACAGGGAAUCUGUGCCUCUCAUUCUCAUUAUCGACAUGCAGUGAACUUUCAAGAAACCCUUCACUUGAAGCUCCACAAGUCACCAUCUUUACCCCAAGAAAGCGAAAAAACCAUGGCCACUUAGGGAUCCUACUUGCUUCAGUUGGAGGAGCUGCUUCUAUUCUUGUGUUGAUCGCAUUUUCUGCUCUGUUGUACAUUAAGAGGAAAAAAACCGAAAACUCGUACGCACCAAAAUCGGGAAUGGAUAUGCGCAGAUGGGGUUCAGCAAGAAUAUUUACGUACAAAGAGAUCAAAGCAAUUACAAACAACUUCAAAGAGGCCAUUGGCCGUGGUAGUUUUGGAUGUGUGUAUGUUGGCAAGCUUUCGGGCAGAUUGGUAGCUGUUAAAGUUCGGUUCGAUAAAACUCAGCUCGGAGCUGAUUCAUUCAUCAAUGAGGUUUCUCUUUUAUCACAGAUUCGGCACCAGAAUCUUGUAUCAUUGGAAGGUUUCUGCUAUGAAGCGAAGCAGCAAAUACUUGUUUAUGAAUAUUUACCUGGAGGCUCGUUGGCUGAUAACCUUUACGGUGCCAACAGCAAGAAACUGACGCUCAGCUGGGUUCGUAGAUUGAAAAUUGCUAUCGAUGCCGCGAAAGGUCUCGAGUAUCUACACAAUGGAAAUGAGCUGCGGAUAAUUCAUAGGGACGUGAAGAGCAGCAAUAUUCUCUUAGACAAGGAAAUGAAUGCUAAACUCUGUGAUUUUGGACUUUCUAAGCAAGUGACUCAAUCGGAUGUAUCGCAUGUGACCACGGUGGUCAAAGGCACAGCUGGCUAUCUUGAUCCAGAGUAUUAUUCUACUCAGCAGUUAACAGAGAAAAGUGAUAUAUAUAGCUUUGGGGUGGUGCUUUUAGAGCUGAUAUGCGGCCGAGAACCGCUCACUCACACUGGCUGUCCAGAUUCCUUCAAUUUGGUUCUAUGGGCUAAACCAUACUUGCAGGCUGGUGGGUUUGAGGUUGUGGAUGAGUGCAUAAAGGAUAGUUUUGAGGCGGAGAGCAUGAAAAGGGCUUCUCUAAUUGCUUGCCGAUCGGUAGAAAGAGACGCAUUGCGUAGGCCGACUAUUUCGGAAGUGCUGGCUGAGCUCAAAGAAGCCUACAGUCUACAGCUUGCCCAUCUAGCCACCUCCGGUCAUGUAAAUUAA